UUUCAUGAUUGAUCUUUCACUAGCACAAUAUUAUAAACUUUUUUCGUAGCCCCCAUCUAAACCGUGCACUCCCUCAUUUUCUCUUCUGCUUUCAUAUUUCUCUUUCUCAUGGAAAAUUUAGAGGUGUUAACCGCCGACGACGUUGAUGAUAUUCUCCAAAGCUUAUACAAGCAGAUAAACGGAAAGGGGGACAGAAUUUUCCAAGCAAAUGCCAUGACGAACGCUGAACAAAAUUCCGUACUGGAUAUUUUAAACCGUUUCGAUGGAAAGACGUUUGAUUCUGUUCAAUCACAUAAAAUUUUUGAGUUAGGGAGUGUUGUGAGCUGGCUCACCAAGUACAGGUUCCAAGAGGUCAAAGACAAAGCGGUAGAGAUUCUUCAAGAACUCAAAUAUAAUACUCUGAUUUUAAUGAACGCUAACCUCCAGCAAAUCGACGAUUGUGUGAACCACAUGAUUCCUGAGCCGAACGCCGGCGGACAAAUCUUCAUUCCCCUUAACCCGAAUCUGAACAUAGAUCUGAACCCAGACCUGAAAACCAAAUCCGAACUGUAGCUAAAUGCGAACCCGAACCUGUUCCUGAACCCAUGCCCAAACCAAAACCCGUACCUGUUCUUGAACCCAUAUGUGAACCCAGGCUCGAGCCCGAUAUGAUUGGAUAGUUUUCUUUUAAUCACAUUUUACAUUAGAAACAAAGUUGUUCUUUUAUGCAAAGUUAAUAUUUGAUGGAGAUGUCUUCAAAAUUAGUUAAAUGAUUUCCUCCAAUUUUUGUUAAUCUUUCAACUCAACAAGUAACUUUCUUGUGAUGUGAAUGCCUGUGAUUCUGAGAUACCUUUUCCCUGGACAUUUGAGAAAGUUUUGUUUAUGAGUUUGAAGCUUAUUUUCAGGUUUCAUGGAUAGUUUUCUGCAAUCAAGUACCAAUACUCAGUA